AUGGCCUCCAUCUCUCCUGCCCGGCCGUCGAUAGAACCCUCGUUGCGGGUUCGCGAGCCGUCUGCCGCCAACACUCGCCACCAGAAAACAUCCAUGCCCAGCGGCUACUGCCGCCCAGGACGUGCAGUGGAGGAAACGGCAACGCUAGAGCCAGCGGGAUGCAUUUUCACGACCACUGUUGCUGAGGAAUUUGUGCGCGCAGACGCCAUGACAGUAUCGAUGGUCACGACCCCUCUGGCGAGCGUGCAAUGCACACCGCGGCUGCAAAGAGGCAGAGAAAACGCAGUUAGGUCUCCCGAGUCCAUCCUGGGCCACUGCAAACCAGCGCGAUCGCCACGUCCGUCGCAGGUGGCGGAGCUCCGCUUGACUGCAAAUGAAGUCGGUGUGCUCAGCACACCACACGUUGGGCAUGGCCUGCGGACACGCGCUGCUUCUGCUGCUGGCGGCACUCGUCGCAGUGUCACUGACAAAGCCGACGGCUCUCUCACUACCAUGGCACUCUCCGCUGUUCUUCGUCCGCGGAGAAACAGUUUAUGCGAGCUGGACAGGCUCGACCUCUUGUCUGCCGUGGCGGAAUCCGAUGUCGGCACGGACGACCUCGCUCCCACUGCCGCCUCCUUUCAGCUCACGUGCGAGGGGACGGAGUGGUGUGCUGUGGUCGCUGCGCACACCGAAGCUGUGCACCGGCUCGCAACAAUCGAUAUCACAUUGGGAUGUGGGGUCACCACAUGUGAGCUUUCUAAACUGACAAUGAUAGCCACCGAGGCAGCUGGGCUUCAAGUUCGCUUCCAGCUCGUUACGUGGGGUGACGCACAGCGCGAAGCCACCUUUCGUCGUCGGUUAGAGAUGUUUGAGUUUCAGCGUCUUACAAGACUCUACCAGACCACCGUCACCACGACGACGUCGCGUCCACCAGCGGAUGGGGAGAUCAUACAAUGGUCUCCACGCUCCGUGGAAGAUAAUUCUCACCUUCCUGAGGGAGUCGUCGCUUUCACCCCCAACAACCACCGCUGGGUCAGCGAAGAUCGCCGGCAGCUCGUUUCAGAGUUCGAGACAACAUUGGAAGAUAUGCAAUCUAUGCUCUUUCAGAAGGAACAGGAGCUGCAGCACCUGACCUCCCAGCUCGAGGAGGAGCGUCGUUGCAGUGGGCAGAAUGUAGCGGACUUGCAGAACCAACUCAUCACAAUGCGCCUGGACCAUGCGUGCAUGGAUAAAGAGCUCGAGAGCAUCUCCGCAGCUCUCCUCGACACGCAACAGUCCUGCAACGUACUGCGGCAGCUUGUAACCGAAAGUGAGGUACGCCACCGGUUUGAGAUGGAGCAUGCAGAAGAAGAAUACGCAGUCCUCGAAAAGGAACGCGCACAGCUCAUAAACCAAUAUAAAACUCAGAUUACCUCGUUAAACGAGCAGUUACACGUAGCUAACAAACAACUCGAAGACGCAACACACACCAAGGACCUCACCGACACAACCUACACUUCCGUUAAAGCAGACCUUGAAAGCUUUCGCACUCACUUAACCACUAGCGGUGAGCAGAAUGACAAGCACGAUCCGCUUGCCUCAUAUAGGCGCGGCAUCGUGGACGCGGUGCGCAGCGAGUACGAGGCACAGGCUGCUGAGCUUGUGGACUCCGCGGAGCUUGUGGAGGCCCGUGACGCGCUGGCGGCGGCGGAGCAGCGCUGCGACGCGCUGGCGGCUGCCCACGCGGAGGCUGUUGCUGCGCUGGAGGCGAGGAGCGCGGCGUCCGAGGGCGAGCUGGCUGCUGCGCGCGACGCCAUACGCGCUGCUGAGGAGCGGCUCGCGGAGGCGGACUCGGAGCACGCCCGCGUGGUUGCUGCGCUGGAGGCGAAGGCGUGUGCUGCCGAGCGUGAGGCUGCUGCCGCUCGCGCAAAGCAGGAGGCCGUUGUGAGCUGCACGCGCGGCAUCGUGGACGCGGUGCGCAGCGAGUACGAGGCACAGGCUGCUGAGCUUGUGGACUCCGCGGAGCUUGUGGAGGCCCGUGACGCGCUGGCGGCGGCGGAGCAGCGCUGCGACGCGCUGGCGGCUGCCCACGCGGAGGCUGUUGCUGCGCUGGAGGCGAGGAGCGCGGCGUCCGAGGGCGAGCUGGCUGCUGCGCGCGACGCCAUACGCGCUGCUGAGGAGCGGCUCGCGGAGGCGGACUCGGAGCACGCCCGCGUGGUUGCUGCGCUGGAGGCGAAGGCGUGUGCUGCCGAGCGUGAGGCUGCUGCCGCUCGCGCAAACCAGGAGGCCGUUGUGAGCUGCACGCGCGGCAUCGUGGACGCGGUGCGCAGCGAGUACGAGGCACAGGCUGCUGAGCUUGUGGACUCCGCGGAGCUUGUGGAGGCCCGUGACGCGCUGGCGGCGGCGGAGCAGCGCUGCGACGCGCUGGCGGCUGCCCACGCGGAGGCUGUUGCUGCGCUGGAGGCGAGGAGCGCGGCGUCCGAGGGCGAGCUGGCUGCUGCGCGCGACGCCAUACGCGCUGCUGAGGAGCGGCUCGCGGAGGCGGACUCGGAGCACGCCCGCGUGGUUGCUGCGCUGGAGGCGAAGGCGUGUGCUGCCGAGCGUGAGGCUGCUGCCGCUCGCGCAAAGCAGGAGGCCGUUGUGAGCUGCACGCGCGGCAUCGUGGACGCGGUGCGCAGCGAGUACGAGGCACAGGCUGCUGAGCUUGUGGACUCCGCGGAGCUUGUGGAGGCCCGUGACGCGCUGGCUGCUGCCCACGCGGAGGCUGUUGCUGCGCUGGAGGCGAGGAGCGCGGCGUCCGAGGGCGAGCUGGCUGCUGCGCGCGACGCCAUACGCGCUGCUGAGGAGCGGCUCGUGGAGGCGGACUCGGAGCACGCCCGCGUGGUUGCUGCGCUGGAGGCGAAGGCGUGUGCUGCCGAGCGUGAGGCUGCUGCCGCUCGCGCAAAGCAGGAGGCCGUUGUGAGCUGCACGCGCGGCAUCGUGGACGCGGUGCGCAGCGAGUACGAGGCACAGGCUGCUGAGCUUGUGGACUCCGCGGAGCUUGUGGAGGCCCGUGACGCGCUGGCUGCUGCCCACGCGGAGGCUGUUGCUGCGCUGGAGGCGAGGAGCGCGGCGUCCGAGGGCGAGCUGGCUGCUGCGCGCGACGCCAUACGCGCUGCUGAGGAGCGGCUCGCGGAGGCGGACUCGGAGCACGCCCGCGUGGUUGCUGCGCUGGAGGCGAAGGCGUGUGCUGCCGAGCGUGAGGCUGCUGCCGCUCGCGCAAACCAGGAGGCCGUUGUGAGCUGCACGCGCGGCAUCGUGGACGCGGUGCGCAGCGAGUACGAGGCACAGGCUGCUGAGCUUGUGGACUCCGCGGAGCUUGUGGAGGCCCGUGACGCGCUGGCGGCGGCGGAGCAGCGCUGCGACGCGCUGGCGGCUGCCCACGCGGAGGCUGUUGCUGCGCUGGAGGCGAGGAGCGCGGCGUCCGAGGGCGAGCUGGCUGCUGCGCGCGACGCCAUACGCGCUGCUGAGGAGCGGCUCGCGGAGGCGGACUCGGAGCACGCCCGCGUGGUUGCUGCGCUGGAGGCGAAGGCGUGUGCUGCCGAGCGUGAGGCUGCUGCCGCUCGCGCAAACCAGGAGGCCGUUGUGAGCUGCACGCGCGGCAUCGUGGACGCGGUGCGCAGCGAGUACGAGGCACAGGCUGCUGAGCUUGUGGACUCCGCGGAGCUUGUGGAGGCCCGUGACGCGCUGGCGGCGGCGGAGCAGCGCUGCGACGCGCUGGCGGCUGCCCACGCGGAGGCUGUUGCUGCGCUGGAGGCGAGGAGCGCGGCGUCCGAGGGCGAGCUGGCUGCUGCGCGCGACGCCAUACGCGCUGCUGAGGAGCGGCUCGCGGAGGCGGACUCGGAGCACGCCCGCGUGGUUGCUGCGCUGGAGGCGAAGGCGUGUGCUGCCGAGCGUGAGGCUGCUGCCGCUCGCGCAAACCAGGAGGCCGUUGUGAGCUGCACGCGCGGCAUCGUGGACGCGGUGCGCAGCGAGUACGAGGCACAGGCUGCUGAGCUUGUGGACUCCGCGGAGCUUGUGGAGGCCCGUGACGCGCUGGCGGCGGCGGAGCAGCGCUGCGACGCGCUGGCGGCUGCCCACGCGGAGGCUGUUGCUGCGCUGGAGGCGAGGAGCGCGGCGUCCGAGGGCGAGCUGGCUGUGCGCGAAAUGGGGUCGUGUUAUGAUGAUGUAAGCCCUGAGAAUUUUCGUGGUUUGUUUGAUGCGUCUGAUUCUCGCGAGUUUUUUGUUGCUGGUAUGCAGUACGGUGUUGAAGUGCUGCGGGAGGAGUUCGAGUCGCGUGCGAGUAAACUGGUGAGCUGCGCGCGCCGAAUGGUUGGUGCGAAAGCUGCUGUGGAGGGAGCUCGGAGGAGGUGUGCGGAGGUGAGUGCUAAGUGGGCGCGUGCGGAUGUAUGUGUGGGGGAUGAAAAGGAGUUUUUAAAGGGAGAGGUUGUGGCGGCUCAUUCUGAAUUUAAAGCCAUGAUGGAUCGCUACCUCGAGGCUGAGGCGGCAGCCGAUGCGGAAGAGGACGCCGACGAAGAUCACCGGUGUGAGGCAAUUUUCUGUGCAUUGACUCGGGAGCUGAAAGGUGCCCGUGAGAAGCUGAAGACGAUGCAGCAGAUUAACCGAAUGCUGCGGGAGAAGUUCCGGUCUGAACUGCAGUCAUCGGAGAGAAGUAUACCGUAUUCAUGUUGA